CAUAAAAAGAAGAAAAAGAAACGAAAAAAGAGAUACAUAUAAAUCACAUUACCGGACAAAUGGCUGGUCCAUCAACUGGUCAGGUAGUAUCUGAUGAAGAAAGACAUCUUCUCAGUCAAAAUGGCUAUGAUAUUGGUCCAACACUCGGUUCCGGUAGAAUGGGUGUAGUUUACAAGGGUGUGUGUAAUGACAGAGCCUAUAAAUUUUAUCCCAAUCAAGGUCUGGAACCGGUAGUCAACGCCCGUACUUUUACUGACAACGAAAACAAUGUUUAUAUUGAGAGAUCACUUUCUGGCAAACUAUGUGCCAUAAAGCGUCUCAAAGAGCCGAUGUCGCGCUCCGGUAUGGAUGAGGCACAACAUCUGGUGCUAUUAAAUCAUCCAAAUAUUGUCGAGUUCUACACAACGUUGACUUUGAUGGGACACCAGUAUAUAGUUCUCGAGUAUCUCAACGGCGGAUCACUGGCAGACUGUUUGCGCGAAAUGCAGCGCAAGAAUCGCCGGUUUGUCGAUUGGCAGGUGAGCUCAAUAUACCGACAGCUGCUCUUUGGGUUACAGUUUGCUCAUCAAAACAAUAUUAUACAUAAGGAUCUACAGUUUGGUAACAUUAUGUUUCAUAUACCAGAUUCACGACAACCCGAUCGACGAGUGGUCAAACUUGUAGACUUUGGCGCCGCAGAAGAGAGUACAACCAAAACUCGUGGCAGAGGUGUCACCGAAACCAGUGAUAUCUGGCGUCUGGCGCCAGCAUUUCGGGCAAUACUUAAUCAGUCAAUUAUUCGUACGCCGGGAACUGAACAACAGCUAAGAACUAUUGUGGCAAAAAUGGAUGAGAAAAGGUAUGUAAACAUUGAACAAGUGUUGACUGAGUUGCAACCAGUGUUGGAUCAAAUGCCACCCGAGCCCACACAGGAAACAGGUCUUACCCGUGCAAGUGUUAUGGAAAGACUAUUAUAUAGAUUUCAUAGACAACAACGACAACAAAAAUGA